UUCAUAAAAAAAUUGAUUCAUAUAUUACUAUGAUUUAUUAGAUUUUAAUAUUUUUUAAAUAUUUGUUUGUAAAUAUAUAUCAAUUAAUUAUAAAAAAAACAAUUAUAAUUAUAUAUUUAGUGAUUUUCUGCCAAAAUAAAGUGAAUUUAGACUUAAUACUUAUUUAAAAUUCAAAAUGAAUUAUUUUCAUACUCAGAAAUUAAACUAUUAAUGAUUACAAGAAAAUAGGGAAGAGAUCAUUAGAAUAAAACAAAAUUAGAAAAAUCUAAACAAAAAUUAAGUUUAUCAUCUGUCAAUACUAGUUUAUCAUAAGAAUUAUAAGAAAGUGUUUUAUUAGAGAUGUUAGAUUUACUUAAUAUAGGUAAUAGAUUAUAAGUUGAAACUGAUUUUUAAGAAUCAUCCUUAGAUCCUUAAAUUAAAAGAAUUGAAGAUUUUAAUUAUACCUAUUAUAGUGAAUGUUUAUAAGUAUUACUUUUAGAUUAGAAUGAUUCUAGUCAAUGUUUAUCUAAUCAUAAAAUUAGAGAAUGGGUAAGAGGAAAGAUGGUUGAUUGGAUGAUAGAAGUAUUUGCAUCAAAUAAUAUAUAAUAUUCAAAUAAUGAUCUUACAUUUUUUAGAGCUGUUAAUUUAUUAGAUGCAUAUUUAAGAAACUCUUACAAUUUAAAUGAUUCAGACAUGUAUUUGAUUGGAGUUACUUGUAUAUUUAUUGCAUCUAAAAUUGAGGACAUUUAUCAAAUUUCUAUUAGAAAUAUUGUAUAAGAACUUGCUCACAAUAAAUACUCAUCAUUUCAAAUUAAGGAACAAGAAUCAAUUAUUUUAGAAACAUUAAAUUAUGAUACAUGUUUUCCUACUGUUAUUGAUUAUUUAUAAUUUUUAAGUUUCUAAUUAUUUGGAUUAUCACAAAAGUAUAAUAAUUUAUAAUUAUAACAGUCAAGCUAUUUAAAUAAUUUAAGAAACAGCUGUGUAUAUUCUUAAGAUGUGCUAUCAUGAUUAUGCUAUUAUGCAAUAUUAAUAAAUAUUAUUAGCAGCUAGUAUCUUAGGUUUUACAAUUUAAAAUUAUGUUGAAUUACAUUUAUCAUAAUUGGCAACUAACUUUAAAAAAUAGUUACUAUAGACAGUAUGUACAUCAUUUUAUAUUUAAUAGUAGCAUAAUCUCUUAAGAAUUGGAUCAUUAGAUUUAGGAGAUUAUAUGGAAUGUAUUUAAAAAGUAGAAGAAUUAACUUAAAUAUUUCAUCUUAAAUAUCCAGAAUAUUAAAAUCUUUAAAGGUUUAAUUGA